ACACCCCCCCCCCCCCCCCCCCCCCCCCAAAACGGAACCCAUUCCAACCCUCUCCAACCCUCUCAACAGCUACGACGGCACUUCCGUCAACGCAAUGGCUGCCGACGCCGAGAGCCAGAUAGCCGCCCUCCAGCGGGAGCUCCAGGUCACCAGGGAAGAGCUGCAGGCUUCAAAGGAUAUCUUUGAGGAGUAUCAGAGGGAGUCAAAGGAACUGGAGGCGGAGCUGGAGAAGGAACUUCAGGACUUCCAAUAUGCUACCGAUAAAGUUAUCAAGGAGAAUGGUGAAAUUAAGGCCCAAUUCGCAGCCUACAAAUCCGAAACCACCACCCGCCUCUCCACCCUCCAAUCCGAACUCGACUCCCUCCGCCAAUCCGACCACGCCCACCGCAAACGCAUCACGGAGCUCGAAAUCGCAAACACCGAAGGCGUCGACGGGCACAGGAUCUCAGAGGCUGUCGCUGACGAGUGGAAGUUGAAGUACCAGGCGAUGCAGGAUCACGUACUGGCGUUGGAGGAGGAGCUGGCCGGGAAGAGUGAUUUGGAGAUGGAGGUGUUGAGGUUGCAGGAUGAGGUUAGAGACGCGAAACUGGAAUUGUCGCUGCAUAACCGCGAGCACGCGAAAAUAGCGAGGUUAUCUGGCGCGGACGAUGCUGAUCUCGCGCAUAUGAUCCAACGCUCAAAAGCCCUCCAAGAAAGCCUCCACGACACUCGCAAGAUCCUCCGCAUGGGUUUCGCCGACCUUACCCCCUCCCCAACCUCCACCCCGCCCCACUUCUUCCCUUCCUUCUCGGUCCCCCCCAUCACCACCACCACAAUAACAACACCCCGCUCCCCAACAAGCCCCACCACCCUCCUCCCUGCCGCCGCAGGGCCCGUCCCCGCCCAAAUCGCCCUCCCAAACCAAAUCGCCCUCCCAAACCCAACACAGACCAUAUCAGAGAUCGAUAAAACCCAAGACCGCGCCGCUCUCGCCUCUCCAACACAUGACGAUACGACACUCCUGACACCAGCGGCAGCCGGCGCGGCCCCGGGUAAUAUCGUAGCGGACCCGAAUGUACGGGAUAUACAGGAGGGCCCGGAGGGCCCGGAGGGAAGACCGGAGAUUGUUGUUAGUGAUGUUGAGGGGGAUGAGUAGAAGGGCAGGGAACUGCUGCAAGAGGGUUUUCUGGCGACCGAAUUCCUAUUCUUCACACCCAGGCGUUGCUUCCAUAGCGGACCGCCAGCGGGGCCGCCCAGGAGUGUACAUAUUUUUCCGAAACUUGAAAUUCCACAUAUCUGCUACCCAAAACGACUUCACGGAAUAGUCAGUCCUCAC